UGCAGUGCGGCAGAUGGCGUCGUGAGAGGUGGUUGUUGUUGGUUGUGUUUUGUGCCUUAUGAUUGUUUGUAGUACUCUAGAUGUAAAUAUGUGCCUCGCAGACUUCUAAAACAGUCUUACUGUCGUCGAAAUUUCAUUAGUUUUUUUUUCUUUUUUGUUGAAGUCUACUGUUAGGUGUUCCGUGACAGUUUUCGCUGUGAAAAGAGAGCUACAGGAUGGCUAAUGUUACAUAUCAUUUUAGAGAUUGUUUCAGGGUAAUAAAUAAAGAAGCUCUGCAUUGGUUUCCUGGCCACAUGGGAAGAGGGCUGAAGCAAAUGCAACAGAAGUUGAAAUCAGUGGACUGUGUCAUUGAAGUACAUGAUGCUAGAAUACCAUUAUCAGGACGUAACCCAGAUUUCAAACAUACGGUUUGCGGUCUGAAACCACAUAUAUUGGUGCUGAACAAGAAAGACUUGACAGAUAUGAGUUACAGCUCUAAAGUGUUAGCAAGAUUGAAGCAGGAAGGUACACCAGACGUGCUGUUCACAAACUGUAAAGACGGUAAGUGCAACGGCGUGAAGAAGAUAAUUCCAAGAGCAUGUGAACUCAUUUCGAGCUCAAACAGAUACAAUCGGUCAGAGACUAGUGAAUACAGUAUCAUGAUUGUCGGCGUUCCAAAUGUUGGAAAGUCGUCACUUAUAAACACGUUGCGUAACAGAUUUCUUGGUAAGUCUAGUGCAGCUGCAGUAGGUGCAAAGGCGGGAAUCACGAAGAGUGUUCAGAACAUCAUUAAAGUCAGCGAAGAACCAAAAGUGUAUCUUAUUGACACGCCUGGCAUACUUACCCCAUCUAUUAGAGAUGUGGAAGCAGGCCUUCGCCUUUCACUGUGUGCAAGCCUGCAGGAUCACCUGGUGGGGGAAGAAAUUAUCGCGGACUAUCUUCUCUUUUGGUUGAACAAACACCGACGCUUUAAUUAUGUAGAGCUCAUGGGUCUCCAAGAACCUUCAGACAACAUAGGCACUGUGUUGACACAGUGCGCCCUGAAGUUGGGUAAAACUUUAAAGCUCCUCGAUGACUCUAAAAGCCCUGUCACAUGGCAGGAACAUGUGACCAGGGAGGAGAAAUCUGCGCUCAACAACAUCAAAAUAUUUUUUUAUCUAGGAGUUAAUAUAGUUUUUAUUUUGUACAACACACAAAUUGGAAUAAAUGUUGAGCCUUGAAUGACGUUCUUCCUUUACCACGUCUAAUGCCUUUAAAAUGCAGCUAGCUACUUCAUCGACCCCUAUAGAUGCAAUAUUCUUGGACCAGACACUCAUCACUGACUUCUCAUCUCUACAAUGUUAAUUAUGUGUCCAAAAUUGUUGCUUAUAAGAAACUUUUUCUGUCAAAAUAUAUAGUGUUGGCAGUGCUUGUCGUAAGUCCGUGCACAAAAUGAGUCCAUUGCUACCAUCUUGUUUUGACUCAUGUGAGUCACUUUUCAGAGCAUUAGAUGCAGCUUCAGCUUUCUCAAGGUGUAGUUUGAUGUCUGUGGAUUCGGUGUUAUUACGGGCAUUAGCAGAAUCACAAAUAUGACAUGUAUCACUUGAUGGCAAUUUAAAACCAAUAUCAUAUUCUGUGUUGAAAAUGGUAUCAUACACAUGUUAUUUCACUGGGACUUCACCUGUAUUUUUAAGAUCUUCACAGUACAAACAAUACAUCCAGCAAUCGAGUGAACAGAGGUUAUGUAGGACUUGUUCGGAUUCUCCAUUCUACCAUAAUGUGAUGUAUAAUUGUGGUCUUGCGGUAGCAUUCUUGUAUCCCGCGCACUGGGUCGCGGGUUCGAUUACUUGCGGGAUCAGGGAUUUUCCCUGCCACAAGAUAACUUGUGUUGUUGUGUUGUCUUCUUCUUCAUCAUCAUCAUCAUCAUCAUCAUCAUCAUCAUCAUCAUUCAUCCCCAUUAUGGUCGGAGGAAGGCAAUGGCAAACCACCUCCGCUAGGAUCUUGCCUAGUUGGCAGUGCAGGUCUCCCACAUUUGUCCCCCUAUGCUCCUCGGGGUAUGGGACCUCAUCAUCAUCAUGAUCACCUUGGAAACAUUUUGAUGUGACUUCUAACUUUAUUUUUUCUCUUGUUGUCAAUGGCAUGAGAUCUGUUAGAAUGCUUGCCUCUUCUAUCCUAUCUAGGUGUAUGUACAGAUACAUGUGUUGUAGAUUAAUGACUCUCAGUGUCACAGUCUUCGUUGCUAUGGACAGUCCUGAAACAUUUAACAGAAAUGGCAUGAACAGCUAAAAAUGCAGUCCUACAAACUUCAACCUCAGUAACUGGAGUGUCACGAAUAAAAUACCUGAAAGAAAUCUUCAUCUGGCUUACUGUUGGAACCUUCCUCUUCUUUGAAUGCACUUUUUUGCACUCAUUAGACCACACUAAUCCAAAUAAAUAAGCAUUUUGCUUAUUAUAAUCUCCUCACUGAUAAAACUCAGUAAAUAUCGACGCCUUCUGUUCUUCAUUCAGUGUUGAGUGUUUACAGAAACUGGUUUUGCAGCAUGGAUCACUGGCACUACGAAAUACUUUCUCAGGCACAAUCUUAUUUUGUUGGGAUUUAUAUUCUUUUCCAUUGUUUCUUAACCUCUUUCUUUCAUUAUAUUUUCUCUCAUUUUCUUUACGAGUUCUUUUUUUUAUGUGUACUGUUGUAUUUUCUUCGUGAGUAAGCAACAUCUAUUGCCGCCAUCUUGGAAACAUAUGAACAACAUUUGAGUAACACUUUCUGAUUGGCUUUCUGAAACCAAGUCAACCAAUGAGACGAAUUAACUUGUGAGACACAGAGAUACUAUUGUCAUGGGCCUCUUUUCCACUGGGAAUGUGUCAGUCCUGAAUUACAGCAAAUAUAAUAUGCUACUAUACAUUGCAACACACACAGGACGAAAUACUUACUGGUGAAACUAUCUCUGCUCUUACUCUCUUUAAAGGAACAGGCAUCUACCUCUGUGCUGGAAGUUUCCCAUUUACAAUACUAGAUGGAAUCAGUUGUCUUACUGUACCAAAAUCAUUUCUCAGGUGGCAUGUGCCCUUUUCCUACUGGGCCCCUCAAAUGAGUGGUUAUUGGCUUCACUUCUCUGAAUACGUUCCAUAUCCUGUAUUAAUACUAUUUUGUAUGGGUUCCUCACACUUGAACAUUAUUCUUAGAUGGGAUGCACAAGUGUACAGUAAGUAAUCGUAUUUGUAAACUGAUCGUAUUUUCUCAAUAUCCUGCCAGUGAACCAAAGUUUGGCACACAUUUUACGUACAACAGCAUAUUGUCAGCUUAUAAUGAAAGCCCAAUACCUCAGAAAAGAUAUGCAAGGUUUUUUCAAUUAAUACUGUUGCCUGUAGUUCAUAUGGUGUAAUGAGUCCCUGCCAGCUCGCAGCACUGUCGGCUGCUUUCUGUAAGGUUGUAAUGGCUGCAGGCAAAAACGGUUGUCAUCUAUGGAGCUGUGACAACACUGAGGUGAGGUGUUGCCGUAGACAACUUUACAACAUCAAUCGUCGAGGUAGCCGCGUGAAGCUUGUGCACCCAGCCCACUGCAACUGUCGGGGAUCAACUUGUGCUGACUCGACAAAGCAAUAAACGCGGUUUCUGUUUUUCCUCACUGGAGCUUAGCACAGCCGUCAUUACCUCUCUUUGGGUUACUAUUUGUUGAGAAAUGAGGUGUUACUAUCUAGUAAUGCAAUAAAAAUAUUCUUGUUUUAUUUUUGAGAUUCAACAUUCUCAUUCUAAGUCAACUUUAUUAUUCCCAUUUCAUAUUCCAACAAAUUGUUACGUCCAGGUAUUUGUACGUGUAGACUGAUUCCAAUGGUGACUGACUGAUGCUGUGGUCGUAGAAUACUACUUAUCUGCACUUUGUGAAGCAUACAAUUUUACAUUGCUGCAAUGUUAAAGCAUAUCAGCAACUUUGAACCAUCUGGAAUCUUAUUAAGAUCUGACUGGUAUAUCUGCAGAUUAUUUCAGACAGUAUGACAUCAUAGGUAACCACGUUGUCUGCAAAAAGUCUGAGAUUACUAUUGACACUGUCUGUCCAGUCAUACAAAAUGAACAGCAAUGUUAUGAAGUUACCUUUACUUUUGGCAAUGACUUUCCUCCAAAGAACACUCUGUGUCCUCCCUACCAAGAAAUCCUCAGUUCAGCGAAAAAUUUUCCCCGGUCACUCUUGUGAUCACGUUUUUGUUUAUAAGCAUUGGUGUUGCACUGAGUUAAAUGCUUUUCAGAAAUCAGGAAAUACUGAAUCCAUCGGAUUAUCUAACUUCCAUGGCUUUCAGAAUGUCAUGUAAGACAUGGGUAAAUUGAAUUCCACUUGAUCAAUUUUUAUUUUGUUGUUAUUUUUUUAAAUGACAAGGAAGAUUACAGCUCAAACCCAUAUUCAGCUAUACACAUUUAAGUUUUCUGUCAUUGCCCUAAAGCUCCAGGCAACUGCCUGAAUGGUUUCAAAGGGAUACACAGAUUUCCUUCCCCAUCCUCGAAACCAAAGCUUGUUCUCAGUCUCUAAUAACCUCGAUGUUGAAGGGACACUAAACCCUAAUGUUCCUUUCUUAGUUUUUAUUGAUGUGGAGGUGUGCAUUAUUAUAACGCAAUCUGGCUCAGCCACAAUUGGUACGAUUCCUAUGUUUUCAUAGGUCUCAAAACUUCUGUUGCUCACUUGCAUCCAAGUCCUGAACUCAACACCUAUUACCCUGCUGCGCAUAGUGUCCACUACAGUGGACAGCUGUUAAUGGUCGCUUCUUUGGCAUUUUCAAUCAGUCCUGGGACUGCAAAUGCACACAGUUCACUGCAGUGGGCACUCCCUACUGGUGUUGUGUCCUGCAUGCAUUUGCAGCCUCAUGACUGAUUGAAACCACCAGAGAAUUGACCAUUAAAAGUUGUCCACUACAGUGAAAUUCAUGCACCACAGAGUUAAUUAUAGCAGACACCUGCAAAUGAUUCAGGUAAUUCCUGUGAGACCCUUCUUGUUUGAUGUGCACCAAAACUGGGAGUUGGUGUAUGAUAUAUCUUCAUUAUGGUACCUAUUGAGAUGGACUGUGAACCAUCAAAACAUGGAAACAGUUCAAUGAGCAAACACAUAUCUAUGUCUAUAUCCAUAGUCUGCAAAAAAAUUCAAGAAAUGUGUGUAACAGUUAUUAGGGCUUCUUCCCAUUCUGUUUAUGUAUGAAACAGAGAAAAAUGAGUGUUUAAAUGCCUCUAUGUGCAGGAAGUUGUACUACAUUCCUAGAGUCAUCAUGUAAAGCUGUUUCUUGAAACUAUAAGUUGCCUUUCUUGAGAUAAUUUAUCUCUAUCUUCAAGUGUCUACCAGUUGGAAUUUCUUGUCUCAAUCGACAAAUCGUGAUAGGUGACACUCCUCCCUACUGUAGCUGUUAUUUAAAAUAUUAACUUCAGAUUCCCCUGCCCUUCUCUUGCUUUAGCAAAUAACACAUUUUCAUAGUUGAUAUUAUGAUUUUUGUAUGAUUUAGUAUUUUUUGUUACUGAAAAAGCUACACAAAUUUUAUUACUUAAAACUUACUAAUUAAGAAAUUAUUUUAUAUUCAGAUUCUUAUUUAAUGUUAGUUUUAUUUGACCAUUUAAUUCAUUUUGCGUACUGUCCUAGUCAUCAGUGUGACAGCCUGCUUGUCAUUGAAUUUAUGCACCAAUCUUAUGAGCUUCUUAUUUAUAAACUGUUGGCAGCUGUCUACUUCAUUUUCCCCAACUGCCAUUACUCUUAUAGUAUUGGAAGUAGUUGUUACACAGAGACAACUUCUAGAAAUUGAUUUUGUUAUUAAUCCUGCGUGUUAACUUAAUACAUGUUUGAAAUGUGUUUAGAAUAACAUUUUCGUUAUGUCAGUUUUACAAUAACCAUUUAUAAGUGGCUCAAGUUGAGAUACAAAAAAGACUAGCACAUCCCACAGGAUACAUGUACUGUUGUGAAAAUGUGAAAGACAAAGAUCACUACAAUGUGUGCAAUAAGAGAGCUUAUGUUCAGGAGAAAUUAUACUUGUUCUAGAAGAAGCUAUGAGUUCAUGUUUUAUACAUGUUGUAUAGUGCAUUGUUACUUAAUGCUAUAAACUGGUGGAAUGCUAUUGUUUUUUAAUUGUUGACAUUGGUGCCAUAGCUUGGAGUAGAGAUAUGUUAAUUGUAUUUGUGACUUGUUUUACCACUGGCAGUUACCAUAAAAUAUGGAAAAAUGAGCAGAUGUACUUUCCAAAAGACAACUUGCCAAAAUAUAUGCUGUUUUACUGUUAUGAAAAUGUUGUAUGUUUGACAAUAAAUUUUUUGAAAUUGUUAAUGUA